GCUACUGCUGGCGCGAGAGGGGAUCGUGUGCGAAUUUACGGGUUUUUUGGUUUUGGAUUAUUCUUUUUUUGUUCAAACGUAGAUGCCAACAACAAAUUGAACUGUAUUGCUGGUGGAUAUAAUUCUGUGGCAUUCGUUCGUCUUUGAAGGAAUGUAUUUUGUUUCUGCCAGCUCCCAGUUUCAGCGGCAGUGCUGACAAGUGUUACGGUGAUGUAAAAUGCAGUGGAGCGACUCUGGACAUCCAGCCAAUGCUUUUAGCAUCCGCGUUGGAGCGUUCUGUCCGCACACUUAACGGGAGUCCCAACACCGGUCACCCAUGCAACACUAACUACGGAUUUUUGUGACGGAAGCUAAGCGACAAGCAAAGUGGAUUUGAAAGAUUGUUUUUGUUUGUCUUUUCGUAAAUGGAUCGCCAUUCAAAUCCCAUUUCCAUUUGGCUUCAAUUGGAAAUUUGCGCGAUGGCUGUUCUUCUAACGAAAGGGGAAAUAAGGUGUUACUGCGAUGCCCCUCACUGCGUCGCUACUGGCUACAUGUGCAAAUCGGAGCUUAACGCUUGCUUCACGAAGGUGUUGGACCCGCAAAACACGAACUCUCCUCUUACCCACGGGUGUAUCGACCCUUACACGACCUCGAGUGCCGUGUGCAGCUCGAAGACCUCCGAUGAUAAGAGCGGAGGUUCCGCGCUGGAGUGCUGUCAUGACGACAUGUGUAAUUACAAGGGCCUGUACGAUCUGGUCCACCCCAGAGGAGACGCUUCAGAGCAGGGCGGCCGGUACCCGUCCGAGGGGAGCCGCGGCCUGGGCACGCGGGUGCAGGAGCUGGCCUCCUCCAAGGAGGUGUGGUUCCGGGCGGCGGUGAUCGCCGUGCCCAUCGCGGGCGGGCUGAUCCUGGUGCUGCUGAUCAUGCUGGCCCUGCGCAUGCUGCGCAGCGAGAACAAGCGUCUGCAGGACCAGCGGCAGGAGAUGCUGUCGCGCCUGCACUACAGCUUCCACGGGCAGCAGGCCAAGAAGGGCCACCUGGCCAAGCUGGACCUGGAGUGCAUGGUGCCCGUCACGGGCCACGAGAACUGCUGCCUGACCUGCGACAAGAUGCGGCAGGCCGACCUGCCCCUGGUGCACUGGGGGAUGUACCGGGGCCACGGGAAGCUGGAGUUCGUAUGAUGGGCCCCCUACCCUCCCCCCCGCCUCUUUGGGCAGAACCAGGCGUUCUUUCCACGUGUUGACACUGACGCCAUUUCUGGUCCAUUGCUUUCCAUUCCUGUUUUUAUUAUUUUUGUUCAGAAAAAAAAACAAACUGUACCGCAAUCUGUACGAUUGUGCCAGGCAGCACUUUACUUGAAACGAAAGCCGAAUCAAAAUGGAGCUGAGAGACGAACCGGACAGUACAGGACGGCCAGCUCCGAUUGGGCCCCCUGGAACUGGAGAGCGCAGGACGGCCAGCUCCGAUUGGGCCCCUGACACCAGGGCCCCCAGUGGACCCUCUGAAGGAUUCCAGAACUUCUCGUAUUUGCACAUUUGUAUAAAGAGAAUAGGUUGCUCUGCUUUAAGAGGAAGCUCGGUAGAAGAAAACCACACUGACCAGGGUACAGACGGACUUUGCUGAGGAGGAAAGAGGAGAUUCAGUGUUAACUCUAGGUGCACACACUCCUCCACUUACGGUUCUCCAUUCAGCCUAUUGUAAAGAUUUCAAAGUAUAUAUAAAUAUAUUUUUGUCGGAUAACCUGUUUGGUGUGUUUCCUGUGCUGGUGAGUGGAACCAAAUUGUUUUGCUUAAUUUAAUUACAAAUUAAAGUCAUAAUUUAGUAA